AUGGAUAAUAUAAUGUUAAAUAAAUUUUACAAAGACAAAGUGAUGAUUACAACACACAAUAUAAGAGAAAACGCAGCUUUUGUGAAUUCCAUUGUCAGAGAAAUCUUGGAGUACGUUCAUAAUUUAGACAGACGCUUUAAAAAACAACCAUUUUAUGUUGGAAGCUUUUAUACUGAUCUUAAAGUGUCUCGAGCAGAUGAGUUUGAUUUUUGUGUAAUUUUGGAUGUAGGAUCAACUCUCGAUUGGACGCAUAGUCCGUAUCCUUUUUAUGGAAUUCAAAGAAAUAAAGAAAUAGCUCGUACAUCGACACAAGUGCGUUGUCCUCCAAUUGAAAACAAAUCUACACAGAUCCCAGAACAUAUACAAAAUUCAAAUAGUACACGUAUUAGUGAAGGAUUGGCUUGCCAUAAAUGUCAUAGAAAAAUGGAAGUAGCUAGAACAUUGACACAACAGCCUUGUCCCCCAGCUGGAAAAACCUUUGUACGGAUACCAGGUCAAAUACCCAAUUGGAACAAUGAACGUUUAAAUGACGGUCUGGCCUGUUUGACAAUUGAUGAAUACCUAAUAUCUUUAAAUGUUAAAAGAUGGUUUAAAGCACUCGUCAGUGAAGCAUUUGUGAUACCUAGAAUACGCCAAUAUGUCAACGUGGAUAGAUUAUCCGAUUCACCUGCAACUACAUUGAUGAUUAAACAUCCAACUACAGACGAAAAGAUAAGCGUCGAUCUUGCACCUCUCAUUGAAGGACACAUUCCUUUCAGCAUAGCGUUUGGUUGGCCCAGACCAGGAGCAAGAUGGCCAACCUGUACAAAGAUUCAAGAGAUAAAAACUGAAGGAAUACACUUAGUUGCUAAAGAUCCAGAGUACUGGUCUCUGUCGUUCGUCAUAUGUGAACAGAAACUGCUAGAUGGUGCCGACUUGGGUGGAACCUGUCGUAAAAAAAGUCAACGCAUUUUGAAAAAACUUAGAGAAAUGUGGUGUUCGCAAGGAUCAAGACAAGAAUUUACUUCGUACCAUCUCAAAAAUAUUCUUUUCUGGGAAUGUGAAAUUCAUCCAGAUGAUUCGGAAUGGACUGAUGAAAAACUUUCUUUAAGAGUUGCUUCAAUGUGUUACAGUAUCAUUUAUCACAUACUAAGAGGCAAUCUGCCUCUCUAUUUCCAUACGAGGAUCAAUUUGUUGGAAAAAAAGGACUGGAAUGCUCUACGCAAGGUUGUACAGAACAUUUUUAGGUUUUUGAAAAAUCCAGAUCAGUUUUUGGUUCCAAAUAUGUUGUGA